AUGGUCUCAAGCUCAACGAACCCGGCCAUGGAUCUUGCUACUGCUAUGGAGAGUCACGAGAGUCCAGGCGCAGAUGAUCCGCUGGAAUGUGAGCAGAAUCCUAAAUCGACAGUGGAAAUGUCCCGCUUAUUACAGCUUCAGCGAACAACAAGCGCAGGAGAUUCUCGCCUCCUGAAGAAGGGGAGCGCCGAGUCCGCUUCCCUGGCUGCUGAAGAUGGCCAUUCGAGCACCGGGGUGGAGGAGUUGAAGAAAGCGCUUGAGAAAGCUACAGCUGAGCUAGCCGCCAAGCGAGCAGCGGAAGAUGCGCUCGUUGCCGAGCAAGAAAGACAAAAGAGGGUCGAAGCCAAAAGGAAAGCUGAUCGAGAGGAGUAUCAUAAGGCGGGGAUGGCAGCUUGGGAGAGACGGCUAGAUGAAGAGCGCAGAGCGCAAGAGAGAGCUAUGGCUAUACUUGAGGAAAAGAAGGCUAUUGAGGCGAAGAAGGAGAGAGAGUGGGACCCACUCGCAAGGAAGACAGUUUACGCUCGAGUGCCGAAAUGGGACGAUAUCCCUGACUGGGGUGACAGCACAAGAUGUCACCUCAUGGAGCUUCCGAACGAAAUUCUUGACCUCUGUUUUGGGUUCAUCGAGGGAGAGACUGACUUGGUGACCGCCGAUUAUGUUGCUCUGGCCGGAUGUUCGAGGUUCUUUCGACACUGCCUGGAUGAUGACUUCUUCUUCGAGAUAUGCCACCACAGUCGUAUGGACCUUCCUCAGCUGCCUCAGCCUCCAGUCAAUGCGUUUUACACUCCUAGCGGAGACAGAUCGACCUGGACGGAUGCUCAAGUAGAAGUGCACGAUAUGGAGCGACGUCAAUGGCAAUUGACCACACUACAGAAUGCUUUGAACAUACGAGUCUGUCAACUCAAGAGGCAGUUCCAUCGCUCGACUACUACAUCAUCCGUGCUGUUCAGAGGCACAAAGGCGCUGGCUAUUAUUGAUGGAAGGAUCGCUGGUCAGCCUAGCGAAGAUGGGAAAGAAGAGGAGAAUAUUGAGGCAGCCGCUACCCGACUCUGGGCACACGCGACUGACCCUGCAGAUAACAAAAAGUAUGCUGAAGAGGUUCUCCAUACCGAGAUCGAACAAUCCGCCAAAAGGCUAUGGGCGAAAGCCACCGAUCCCAAUACUCGGCUUAUGGCAAUCGCCAAGACACUCCUCGACGAUCCGGACGCUGAUGUGGAAGAACAGGAAUAUCCCUUCGUUGUUCGCUAUAACCAGGACGGUCAGGCAUUGCCUCACGACUACUGGCCGAGCAAAUGGCGUAAUCGAGCGGCUGAGUCUGUAAAUGCCGAGUGGAUUACGAAAUCAGACGCAAUGCGAGAGUUCAAGGUUACCGAGGCAGAGUUGAUUUGA